UAAGAUGGGUAACGUCAAUAGCAGCUUCGGGGUAGAGAUUGAAUGCGUGAUAGCCGUUCAACGAGGAUUCGGGACACGACCCAGACCUCGAAUGUUCCAAGACGCACCGGGCAGUCCAAUAUUAGCCGACAUUGAUGAUGAUGAUUGGAUGUUUAGUUCACAUGGUCCUAUCUUUGCUACUAUUGAGAGUUGUAUUGAAGAAGCACUGGCAGAUAAAGUAGGCGACCGCGUUAUUACCUCUGAAGCCCAACUGGAUGAUCAGAAUUUCUAUCAUCUGAGCAAAUAUGCCAGAAAAUGGGUUGUAAAGAGGGACUCCAGUGUGAGUCUUGAGGAUUCAUACUUCGUUGAUGAUCCAGUCAUGGGAGAUUACACAUGGAUAGACAUUGAAUUCAACUCACCCGCCCUCCGUGCCACGGAGGCGUCGUUCGACGAAAUUCGCCGAGUUGUCAACGCGCUCCGCGAAGCUUUCUGGAUGAUCGCUCCAAAAAGUGCAGGUCUCCAUGUCCACUACGGUAGGUGUGAGAGUUGGAUCUCUCUUACGGACCUGCGCAGAAUCGCGGCCCUCUUAUUCGCAGCCGACCCGAUAUUAACACAAAUGCACCCAGCUCACCGACGCGGGGAAGAGAGUCGUUGGUGCAUGAGUAAUCGUCUGUACUCUAACCUAGCCCUCGGAAUGCCCGCACGGGAAGCUGAAGCAUAUCUUCGACACACGAACAGAGACGUACCAGAUGAGUUAGAACCGGAACCCAUUCCGGGACCUGUAGCCUCGCAUGCUGAACCUGUAUCUAGGCCUGUUCGCGAGAGAGAGAAUGGUUUCAUAUCCAUCUUCGAACGAGGAUGUCUUGAGGGUUAUACCUUCGACCGAGACCGCUUCAUUACAAAUGCAUGGUGGUGGAUGGAAGAUAAGGACGGGGUUCCAGGAAGUGAAGAGGGAAAGCCUUUGGAUAUCAUACUAGCUGCUCGAGAACUACUAGGCUGCCGGGCUGCACCGAUCCUUGCGUUUUUGAUGCAGAAUGGUUGGCAUAGCCGGAUGGCCUACAACUUUAAUGCAUACGAAUACGGAGUUUAUCGGAACUGGGUGAUGGCAAAUGGUCGACCAGAUCCUGUAUCCCAGACUAAGCGCACUAUUGAAUUUCGACAGGCUGCUGGGACGGUUGACCCUGACGAAAUCAUAGCGCAUGCCAAAAUCGUAAUCCGCCUUUGCGAGUUCGCAACUCAGACUACGAUGAAGGAACUCUGGAAGACGAUAAGCGAUCUCCAUCUAGGAGAAACCAAUUGGGACUGGUAUGAUGUAUUUGAUUUCCUUGUUGACCUCAACCUAGUCGAUGAAGCAAAGGUUAUCCAGAGGCAGCUAGCUAAGGAGUGGGGAGUCGAAAUCGUAGACGAGGCACUCGGGUUAUAUAGAUAUCCGGAUGGGGCAGAACCCGAGCCAGUACCUGAACAGGCCAAAUCACUUUUAGGUAAGCUUAAAGCUCUCUGGUCCUCGUGGAGAUCUUCUAAGCCGCCAUCUCCCAAGCCAGGACCCCGGCCAGCCCAGAAUGUCAGUCCACGUCGAAUUCUUAAAGAAUCGGAAGGACGUUAUGAGGGUAGUUCGUACUUGAGUCCUGAUCUGCUAUGGUUGGAACUCGGUACCGAAGGGCCGGUGUUGCCGGAAUGA